UAGCGAAGGGCGAUCAGAACCGCGGUCGCCUUUCACGAGUACGGUUGCAUGGGUAAUAAACGUUCGUAUGUCGUGUGUGCCUUGCGAAUAGUCAAAGUUGUGGACUCUAGUGCACUCCGGUCGUGUACGGUAAAUAACAUUUAAUAACUCGUUGAAAAAAGACCCUGUAUUAUAAUACUCAAACAAAUUUUUUUCGAUUAAGUAAACGAUAAAUAUUUUGUAUAAAUAAUACAUACGCAGGUGCACGUUAUUCGAAUGCCGGCUGUAAACGAUUGCGUGAAUAUACACUUGUAGUAUAUACAACAUAUACAUAACUCAAGCUGUUCCUCCACACUCGUGUUUAACUACUUCGUGUGAGACUUUCGCCUUUGCCGGUUUUCACCUUUUGCGAGAGCAUGAUCCUUUCUUUUUCUGCGCCUGUGCUAUAACCAGCAAGUGAACAAGAAAAAGAGGGAGAAGGUGUAAGAGAAGAAGAGACAGAGGAGAGGAACAACGCACGCACGCGGGUACCAUCACACGUUUUUUUUCUAACCGGAACUAUUUCCCUCUCUUCAAGGACAACCACCCAUCGCAGGACAGACAGUUUUGUUCUUCACGUCUAACUACUCCUACGAUAUGAUAAUAUCACUCGUGUAGCUAGCUUAUCCUGUCAUGAUCUUUAUUGGAGAUUUUUCGAGGAUGACGAGAGGACGAUUCGAAGUAUUUGACGUUAGUCAGAGGUUCUCAAGGACUCGUGAAGCAAUCCUGAUAAUCUUUUUACUCGUCGCAUCUACUGGUGGUAACAAUGUGAACGAACCACCAAUACUGGAAGCAGGAGGUUACCCUACAGGUUUACCUCUAUCAGAAUCGACGAAAGUUGGCACGUCUGUGUUCGUCCUAAAGGGCUACGAUCCGGAAGGAUCGCCAGUGAAGUAUGGCAUACAACUCACCGACUAUUUUGUAGUCGACCCACGCACAGGCGCCAUCAAGUUAGCAAAGCCCCUGAAUCGUGAGGAAAAUGAUACCAUUCGUUUUCGUGUAACGUUGGAAGACGAAGUACCAGACGGACAACAACCAAAUAUAGUUGGAGUAGAUGCUUAUGUGAUAGUACUCGACGAAAACGAUAAUCCACCGCAUUUCCUCGGCGUACCGUAUGAAGCUGUUGCAGAAGAGGACUUGCCUGUGGGUUCCACGGUUCUUCCGGGUAUCAGGGUCAUGGACCCCGAUCUUCUCGGUGACAACAUCGAAUUAACGUGUGUCCCACAACCUCAAUUUCUUGAUGCUUGCCAAAAGUUUGGUAUCGUCAACGUUGAAAAAAGCCAGAAUACGUACGUCGGCGCUCUGGUUCUAAGACAACCACUAGACUACAGAGAGAGGCCCUUCUACCAGCUACUUCUAAGGGCUAGCGAUGGCUUGAACAAUGGGACGACUGGCGUUGAGAUAAAAGUCGCAGACAUUCAGAACAGCCCACCGGAAUUUCUCGACUCGUUAACUGGGAUAGUUCGUGAGGACGAUCUCAUUGGGACUUUAGUGAUGACAGUUAAAGCAAGAGACGGUGACAGGGGGAUGCCAAGAAAAAUGUUUUACGAAUUGGUCACCAAUCCAUUCGAUUACUUUUUACUCGACGACGAUACGGGCGAAUUGAGAACAGCUAAACCAUUAGAUAGAGAAGCAUUGAAAGAUUCAACGGGAGUGUUAACAUUAAAAGUGAGAGCUCGUGAGUUAAUAGAUGGUAUACCAGGUAACGAUGAGUUGACAGUUUCAACAGCAGAAGCCACUGUCACGAUCAAGGAUGUCAAUGACGAAGUACCGACGUUCAAUAGACGUGAAUACAAUAUCGAAAUUCCUGAGAAUGUACCGGAUGGUACACCGUUACCUCACUUAGACAUGACUGUUAAAGACCCGGACGUUGGUUUGAAUUCCGUAUUUUCUUUACGUUUGGAAGACAUAACUGGUGCAUUUACGGUAGAACCAGCUAUGGCUACCGGAAGUACUUCAGUAAAUAUUCGCGUAACCAACGGUUCAUUAGAUUAUGAGAAUCCCAAUCAAAGAAAAUUCAUCAUAUUGGUCGUUGCCGAGGAAGUACAUACGAAUCCUAAGCUUGUAUCUACAGCAACAGUUACAGUAACAAUAACUGAUGCAAACGACAAUGCACCUUCUUUUAGCAGUCCAACUUAUACAGCAUUGGUCUCGGAAACUGCUCUUCCAGAUUCACCGGUAAUUACGAUCACUGCCAAGGAUCGUGAUAGUGGAAAAUUUGGUACAUCUGGUAUAGUUUAUCAAUUACUUGGACAAGGCUCAGAACAUUUUUCUGUUGGCAAGAAAACUGGUGCCAUCACUGUUGCAUAUUGUCCAAAUCCUGGCACAUCACCUUGCUUAGAUUACGAGGAACAAACUGAAUAUUUUCUCACAUACAAGGCAACCGAUGACAAUGGCGAAGGUCAGACAACGAGCGUAUCCCUUCGUGUUAGUUUAGCAGAUGCUAAUGAUAGUCCACCGCGUUUCCUUCAAGAAAGAUAUCGUGCAGUGGUGGACGAGGGUGCUGAAAAAUUUGAACCAGAAUUGAAGGUCCAAGCGCGGGACAAGGACAAGACAUCAAAGAUUGUUUAUAGUUUGAUCGGCGGAAACAAAUUAGAUUUGUUCGAGAUCGAUCAGGAUACCGGUGAAAUAAAAAAUAAGGGUCCAGUCGAUAUGACGAAUUCAACUCACGAUUGGAUAGCCCUCGUCGUGCAAGCGAGCGACGGUUUAUUCGUUGACACUGCUCUGGUCAAUAUCACCGUACGUGACGUGAAUAAUAAUGCACCGGUAUUUCCUCACGACUUAUAUACUGCCAGUAUACCUGAAAUUUCACCGGUCGGUACCAUCGUUGAAGAGGUACUAGCAACAGAUGCUGAUAGUGAUCUCAAUGCUGAAUUAGUUUAUAGAAUACAAAAAGGAGCCUUUGAUGAUUUUGCUAUUAACGAGACGACAGGUGUUGUUACGGUGUCGAGAAAAUUAGAUUUUGACGAUAAGGAUACUUAUCAUGUUGAAGUAAUAGCCUUUGAUAAAGGAACUCCAAGUUUAACAGGAACGACAACACUAAUGAUCAAAGUUGAAAAUAGCAAUGACAAGCCACCAUACUUUACACCUGAAACUCAACGAGCUGAAGUAACAGAAGAUACACCGAUUGGCACCGUUUUUACCACGUUAAGGGCUACUGACCCGGAUAGCGAAAAUUCAGAAGCUUUGAACUUUGCCAUUUCUGAACCGAUUACGGCGAUCGAUAGGAAUGGUCAACAAGUUAACGAUAGCAAAUCAUUUAAAGACUUCUUUGCUGUUGAUAGAACAACAGGACAAGUUUCAGUUGUCAGACCAUUGGAUCGAGAUGUUGCAGCAACCGUCAGCGUUACUAUAGUUGUUAGCGAUACUACUGCACCUACUUUACAACAAGGGAGAGGUACCUUGAUAAUCACUAUAAUAGACGUGAAUCAUGUUGCACCAGAAUUUUUAAAACCCUGGACUAGAAAUAAUCCAAGAUAUUUAAUCGAAAUGCAGGAAGAACAACCAACCGGUGCAGUCGUAGGUGCAUUCACUGCAACCGACGUUGACAGUAACAUAGCAGGAUACGCGAUUGAACCACCAAGUCCUUAUUUCAACAUAGACAAUAUUACUGGAAUCGUUAGAACCAGUCAAGUUAUCGAUUACGAGGAAACGAAGCAAUUGGAGUUCACUGUUGUAGCUUAUGAUUCCGGGGUACCACAAUUAUCCGCAGCUGCUAAAGUGAUCGUUACGGUUAUUAACGUUAAUGAUCAGGAUCCGAAAUUUGAGAAAGAAGCUUACAACGCAUCCAUCAAGGAAAAUUCACCACCGGGAUCUCACGUUAUUGUUGUUAAAGCUACCGACGGUGACGAGGGCUCCUUCGGUGAAAUUAUGUACAGUCUGAUCGGUGAUCAUGCUGCCGAUUUUAACAUUGGACACGAAACUGGAGAAAUAACUGUUGGCGGUGCUGCAGUACUUGACAGAGAAAUUACACCAGAGAUUGUAAUAACAGUUAUGGCCAGUGACAACGCUCAUGUCAAUUCUCGACGUAGUACAUCGAUUCCUGUUGUUGUUAAAUUGAUCGACGUUAACGACAAUCGGCCAAUAUUUUCACAACACAGUUACAGAGCAUCGGUUGCUGAAAAUUUGUCCGUUAAUCCUCCAGCUCCAAUUCUACAGGUGAGAGCUGUUGAUCACGACGAAGGUGUUAACGGAGAAGUUUGGUAUACUAUCGUUCAUGGAAAUGAAAAUGAUUCUUUCUCGUUGAAUCGAGAAACUGGUAUUUUGUAUCCAGCUGCAGCUUUGCUUGGUAGAGCUGGUUCUUACAGAAUUGAAGUUGAAGCAAGAGAUGGUGCUGGAAAUGGACCACAUUCUGAUAGAUGUUACGUUGAUAUUAGAGUCACACCAGUUAACACUCACAAACCACAAUUCGUAAUGCCUGAAUUAACAAAUGCAACUGUCGAGGUACCCGAGAACGCCGGCGUACCGAAUUAUUUAAUACUAACUGUGAAAGCUAUCGAUCGUGACCCUGGUGAAAAUGGACGAAUAAGUUAUCAUUUGAAAGUUGGAAAUAAAAAUGUUCAAGAAACCGAAGAAUUUUCGAUAGAUCAAGAAACCGGUGAACUUCGAUCGAAGAUCAUACUCGAUCGUGAGAUCAAAAGUAAAUUUGAACUUGUCCUAGUAGCAACCGAUCAUGGUACACCAACAGCCUACGAAGCUUUACGUCUUUUAACGGUUCAAUUAGUCGACACUAACGACAACGUACCACAAUUUUACGACGAAUACAAUUUCCAAAUAUCCGAGAACCGUCCUAAGGAUUAUUUUGUAGGUAAAGUAACUGCUCAGGAUGAGGAUGAAGGUAGACACGCUAAAGUUUACUAUUACAUAGAAGCAGGUAACGAAGGUUACGCAUUUUACAUGGAUAAAUCAGAUGGUAGCAUAUACGCGAACAAAUCAUUCGAUCGUGAGACAAGAGACAAGUAUGUUCUAUCCAUUCUCGCAUCCAACAAUCCUGACCUAUAUAUCAAUCCAACGGAAGCAGGUCGUCCCUUAUCACUAAGUUCAGAUCAUGGUCAUGUUAACGUAACGAUCUUGAUCCUCGACGAAAAUGAUAAUCCACCUAUUUUCGAAAGAAACGAUUAUUAUGCUGGAAUUAAUUCUAUGGCUAACGUUAACGAUUUCGUUACCAAAGUAGUUGCAUCUGAUUUGGAUGUUGGUGACAAUGGUACGCUUCAUUAUUACAUAGCUGGUGCCAAUUUGUAUAAAUAUGGAUCGGACAAGCCUAGUGGUUCGAUAAUACCAAGCCCAUUUAAUGUCACACAAGAUGGUAAAUUAAUAACCAGUGGAUAUAUGGCUGAAUAUAAUCAGGAUAGAUUUAUCGUUGAAGUUAUAGCCAAAGAGACAGCCAUUCCAGAGAGAUACGCAAUGACUCGAGUUCAUGUAUGGGUAUUCGAACCAUCACAAUUGAUAAGAGUGAUCUUAUCACGACCACCGGAAGAAGUUAACAGACAACGUGAUGAGAUUGUUUCUGAAUUAUCGAAUGCUACUCAAAGUAGAGUAGUUGUAGAUGAUAUUAGAUAUCACGUAGAUGCUUCUGGUCAUAUUAGAAGAGAAUGGUGCGAUAUGUAUUUGCACGUGGUAGAAUUAAAAAGUCAAACGAUAGCUCCAGUACCGCACGUUCUCAAAGUCAUUGAUGCCAAAUACGAUUUCUUAAAAGAUUAUUACGCCGGUUUUGCCAUAGAAAACGUAGUGCCAGCUUAUGCUGGAGUUCAAGAGGAACCUUUUGAUCCUGCGUUAGCAGCUUUGAUAGCUUUAAUAGUUGUUUUACUAGUAGGUGCUGUUACAGUUACAGUAGUUUGUUGCUGUUUACGGCAUUGGGUAAUUACUGUGCCAAAUGAUAUUCGUAAGAAGGAUGGUUUGAUAAAAAAACAAAUAAUCGAUGAAUUAAAUACCACGGAAAAUCCUUUAUGGAUCGAACAAAAAUUAAAAUUAUACGAAGAGCAAGAAUUAACGAUGCAAGUAUUUAGCGAACCCGAAGGUGGUCUUGGUUUGGAAAGACGUGGAAGUGGUGUAAGCCUUGGUAUGGGUGAUACAUCUCAAGACAAUACUUAUGCUACUAUUCAACACCCGUUACCAGCAAACAGGCAUCGUUCUACUACUCCAGAUUAUACGACUCUUCCAGGAAAUCAUAAUUUAUAUGAAUCGGCAAUGGGAUUUCAAGGUUCAACGUUUCAGCCAUCGCCAAAUGUAAUGCCACAACUAACGCUGGACCGAGACGGCCAACCCCAAUUUGUUUCAGGGCUAGUAUAAAGAUAAAAUUAAAAAAAAAAAAAAAUACCAAAAC